AUGAAUUUCAAUCUCGAUUUCAAGGUGCUCGCUUAUCCUGCUUCGAACCUGUCUGUUGAUGAGCCCGUAUCCCCGUCCCUUUGUUCCCUCGUCUUCCGAUGUGAUGACGCCAAGGUCGCAACCCUGCUGCUCGUGGCUAGGACCCCCACAGCCCAUGGCACGGACAGCCAGUUCGUGCUGCAGUAUGAUGCUGAUACAUUGAUGCCCUAUACGGCCAAACUGUGUAGCGGCAACGGACAUGUCUCGCAAUCUCAAUUGGACAAGAUCCUGCCAGUAAAGGGCAAGGGCAAAAAGCGCCCUGAUAUCAAGACCCUCGACCUGUCGAUCAAGGGCCCAUGCCCUCUCUGGAGUUCGGCCAAUGACCCAGCCUUCAGCCCCAAGCCUGGAUUUGAGCCCGCUUUCCAGACACUCGUCGAUCUUGCCAAAGCAACAAGGGUUCAUGUUGUUCUUGACUACAGCCACGUGCGCAAGCAAUAUCAGGGCAUGUUCAAAGCUUUCAGCAGGGCAACCAGGGGCCUAGUCGGCUACCCUGUGGAAGGCCUCCUUGUUGAACAAGGGUUGAGAAAAACAAGCUGGAAGGUGUUUGCGCCUACUGAGGAUGCUGGAGCGCCGCCUGCUUACGAGGGCUCUCGCUCCCGUAAGCGUUCAAGACAGGAAAGCUCCAGCUCACCUAUCCAGCCGCCGAGGUACUGGACUCCAAAUUCGCCGACCGGAUCGCACGCGUCCGAGAGGACCAUACCAUUCAGUCCAGAGGCGGCAGCUGCAGCUCUUAGACGAGCGGAACUCGAAUAUCAGACUGACGUGAUCAAUGCGGCCUUUGAGAAGCGGCUAUCUGCCCAUCUCGACGAAGUGCGCGCUCUGCAGGUGAAAGCAAUUGACUCUGCAGUUGCCACACAUCUUCCAGCCUACCUCGCCACAGAUCGACUUGCUGAGGCCGUCGACGCCGCGGUCAGCAGACAGCUCGACACUGCCCUGCAGGCCCUCCUCCCCAACGCCGUCGAAGAUCUCCUUGUGCCGAAAGACCCACCCAGCUCCCCCGCCACUUCUUUCACCUCUCACGAUUCGCGCGGUAACAGACACCCCAAGCUGCCACCGCUUACACGCGUCGGUCGGACUAUGCUCCCCCACCUGCGUACCCAUCUCAACGAACAAUUCCAUCUCUAUCAGAAACAACAGCUCCAGCGUUUCAAGAACCUUGCGGACAGGACGUUCGACGAGCUUGAGAGGGCGGCCUACGACGACCGUGCACGCGAGCACGCCGACUUUGAAACAGAGAUGGAAGAACACAAAGCCGAGAUUUCAGUAAUGAAGAAAGACACUCUCGACGGCCUCUGGCGACAGGGCAAUGAAAUGCUCGAGCAGGGCAAAGACGUGUGCUUAGAUUUUGGCAAAGACAUUAAUGAACAAUUGUUUGGGCUUUGUGACAAGAUUGAUAAGCUGAACAGGCAUGCGCUAAGGAGGAUGGUUGCCGCUGAGGUCAGCAAGCAGCAAAGGAAGAAGGAGGGUCUACCAAGGGGGUGGGGGAGGAAUAUGCUGAGCGGAGAGCAUAAACUGUUGGGGAGGAGACGGGAGAUGGAGGAGGAGGCUUGGGUUGACGUUUGA